AUGGAGUUUACGCUUGCAUUCGGUGCCGUUGGGGACUUUAUCGCCGUCAUAUCAUUGAUAAAAGAUAUCAUCACAGCGCUGGAUGAUUCUAGCGGCUCCGUGAAGGAUUACCGCGAUGUCAUGCGCAGUUUCGAAAUUCUACAGAGGACGGUACAGCAUGUUAGCCAGAUCUACGAUGACAUGGAAACUGCCAAAGACCUGGGCGAUCUGAGAAUACUUGCGAUGAGCAGUGUCAGCCAAAUACAGCAAAGUCUGGAGGGCUUUCGCGACCGCAACCGCAAAUUUGAGCGCAGCUUGGGCGGUGGAGGGGCGAAGAAUGUUUUUCGAGACGUGGUUCGGAAGAUACGGUGGAACUUUGAGGAGAAGGACGUCAUGAAGAUUCGGGAUGAGAUGAAAGGCUACACCGCAUCGCUCAGCAUGCUACUAGACAUAACAACCAUUCGCCUGAUGCAGCGAAACCAUGAAGUGCGUGCUAUUCAGGCCGCCGACAAUGAGGACCGUACAGCCGUUACUAUUCGCAAAUCGAGUCAAGUGCUCAAACAGUACGUCGGAGCCAUUGGCCAAAGAAUACUUUCCAAACUGAGCUUCAUUGCUGGACUCGGUGUAGAGCUUCGAAAGUCCACUUCAGGUCUCAUGACGAUGAUGGUGUCACUGUCGGGUGAGCUGAGUGGAAUCAAGGCCAUCUUGAUGCGGCUCGAGCGACCCCUUAACGAUGAACACUUCAUUCUCGAAGACAUCACAGGCCGAGCGUUUCCUAUUCAUCUCAAGACAAUCACCUCUUGGGAUGCUUUCGAGUUCAUCCUUGCAGACCGAUUCAGAGGGAAGAAAGGCGCCCAUCGAGUCAAAGGCAAACGAUAUUCUUUGCAAGAAAGAGCGUCUCAUCGACAGAUAGACCGCUCGACUGAAUGGGAGGGCGCGUUCUUGCCAUACCAAAGAAUUGAUAUGAGUCUCAUCUGCAGAGAAGCUGGGACAGGUCCUCAAAAAAAGUCAAGCUCGAGUUGUCCAUGGUGUGAGACUGUGGCACCGGUAAUUUCCGACACGGAGACUCAAUGGUAA